AUGAAAAGAUUCCUAUCAGUGACCACUCGAUCGUUGCGUUACCAUAACAACAACAAUUGUGUGAAAUACUUUUCAACAAGUGUUUUGAAUCAAGUCGAAAAGAAGAAUAUUGACAACACUGAAAAUCAAGACAUGAAUGCUAUGAAUGCUGAAAAUCAGGACAAAAACCAAGAACGAGUGAAUAUUUUCUCCAAACAAAGUGAGAAAGAUAUGAAGACUAACAUUCCAGAAUCUGAGUUUCCAAUCGAAUCACCAGUUGAACGAGAUGAAAUUCAUGUUGAAAAGCUCAAUCAAAAUACCAUUAAUCAAUUAAAGACCGAACAUGGUGGAGAGAAAAGCGCUCCAGGAGUUCAAAAAGGAAGAGAAGGGAGUGAAGAACUACAUUCAAACCCCUAA